AUGGUCGCCUUUGACAAGUGUGAAACCCGACCGGCCCACAUCGACGCCAUUCUUAAUGGCCUCGAUCGGUACAACCCCGAGACCACCACCGUCUUCCAGGACUACGUGGCCCAGCAGUGCGAGGACCGGACAUUUGACUGCUAUGCCAACUUAGCUUUGCUGAAGCUUUACCAGUUCAACCCCCACCUCCUCCAGCCUGACACCGUCACCAAUGUCCUGGUCAAGGCUCUGACCGUCUUCCCUUCUCCCGCUUUCUCGCUUUGCGUCGCCCUGCUCCCCACUCACACUCAGCCUUUCCCCACCACUCAAGAGGCCAAGGCCGCAUCCCAGAUCUCCGACUUCGUUGAGUCCGUACAGAAGCUCUCCCAACUGUCCACCCUCCUCGAGUCUGCUCAGUACACCCAGUUCUGGUCCACCCUCAACUCUGACGACCUGUACGCCGAUCUGACUGCUGAUGCUGCUGGCUUCGAGGAGCUCGUUCGCAUCCGUAUCGCCGUUGAGGUUGGCAAGGCUUUCCGUUCCGUCACCACCGAGUCCCUGCAGCAGUGGCUGGAUCUGCGCAGCGGCGAGGCUCUCGAGAAGUUCGUCACUGAUGUCUGCGGCUGGAAGGUCGAGGGCUCCGUUGUCCGUGUUCCUACCAACAAGGAGAACGAGGUCCGCAGCGAGGUGAAGAGCGAGCGCGUUGGUGUGGAUAUGUUCGGUCGUGUGAUCCGCCGCGGCUUCGAGCAGGCCGCAUAA